AUGGACAGAAGCCUCCCAGGAAAUGGACACGCAACUCAAAUGGCGUGGGCUACAACCACACAAAUUGGUUGCGCUCUGGCUAGAUGCCCAAAUUCAAAAUGGAAAACUUAUCUUGUUUGUCAAUAUAAUCCCUACGGAAAUGUUAUUGGAAGGACAAUUUAUGAAAAAGGAAAACCAUGCAGUGGUUGUGGUAAUAAUAAAUGUAAUUCCAAUGGAUUAUGCAAAUAAA